GCCAGCGCCUCCUGCCCGGCGUCCAGCGGCCAGGGAGCCUUCUAGAGCCCGGAGACCUCUUUUCAGACAUCCAAAAGGACAGUCCCCGGGACAGCGAUGCUUCCCAGCCCCUCCCCGCGCGCACACACCUGCACCGGCUGCCCCGUCCUGGUCUGCAAGUGGGACCGCCGCCCAGAAUUCCCGUCUGCUCCAUUUGAGACUGGGAACAGUUGUCAAAGAAACUGAACAGGCUGUGGGACUCUGUGUCAUGGGAGGAACAGGCAGGAAUUCUGGUGCCCCCAAGAGACGGAUCGGGCCCUUGGCUCAGCGGACCCUACGAUGUGGACUUUGCCCCUCCAGGUGAGGACAGGAGUUUUAAAAUAAAAUGGAUGAUUUGACAUUACUCGAUCUUCUGGAGUGCCCCGUGUGCUUUGAAAGGCUGGAUGUCACAGCCAGAGUCCUCCCCUGCCAGCACACCUUCUGCAAGCCGUGUCUGCAGAGGAUCCUCAAGGCCCACAAGGAGCUGAGGUGCCCGGAGUGCAGGACUCUGGUGUUCUGCGGCAUCGAGGCGCUGCCGGCCAACCUGCUGCUCGUCCGUCUUCUGGAUGGUGUGCGUGCAGGCCAGAGCUCAGGGAGAGCGGGCUCCUUCCGCAGGCCUGGCACGCUGACCUUGCAGGACUGCAAGAAAGGCAGCGCCGCCCCCAAAGGUCUGCAGUCCAGCCCUUUCCAACCGGUGCCUAAUGUCCGAAUCCACAUGGAUGGGGUGCCUCGAGCGAAGGCCUUAUGCAACUACCGAGGGCAGAAUCCUGGUGACCUGAGAUUUAAUAAGGGAGACGUCAUCCUCCUCCGGAGACAGCUGGACGGGAGCUGGUACCAGGGGGAGAUCAAUGGAGUCAGCGGGACCUUCCCAGCCAGCUCCGUUCAAGUCAUCAAGCAGCUGCCCCAGCCGCCCCCACUCUGCCGGGCCCUCUACAACUUUGACCUACGAGACAAAGACAAGAGUGAGAACAAGGACUGCCUGACCUUCCUCAAGGAUGACAUCAUCACUGUGAUCCGCCGAGUGGAUGAGAACUGGGCAGAAGGCAAGCUGGGAGAUCAAGUAGGCAUCUUUCCUAUCUUGUUUGUACAGCCAAAUCUCACCGCAAGACACCUCCUAGAGAAGAAUAAAAGCCACCAGUCAUCCUGCACAAAAAGCCUGUCUCUGGCGUCCUCAUUUUCCAGAAGCAAGGCGGCCAACACCCCUACCCUCCGAAGGGGCCCCGGGGGUAAGAGGAAGGGGCCCGGGCAAUUCUCCAUCAUGACAGCAUUGAACACCCUCAACCGGAUAGUGCAUUCUCCUCCGGGGAGCCGUCUGGUAGAGACCAGCACCCCGGUGCUUAUCAGCUCCAGCAACCCCUCUGUGAUCACCCACCACUCGGAGAAAGCAGAUGUUCCUCCCAGAUCUGCGGGGCAGGUCAGCACGUACCACCCCGCACCUGCGUCCCCAGGACACUCCCCAGCCAUCGCCAGCCUGCCCGGCUCCCAGCAACACCUCUCGGCUAACAUGUUUGUAGCCCUGCACUCCUACUCGGCCCAAGGACCCGACGAGCUGGUGCUGCAGAAGGGAGAAGGCGUCAGGGUCCUGGGGAAGUGCCAGGACGGCUGGCUCAGGGGCGUGUCCUUGCUCACUGGGCGCAUCGGAAUCUUCCCCAAAAACUGUGUCAUCCCCAUUUUCAGAAAGACAUCCAGUUUUCCAGAUCCCCGGAGCCCUGGUCCUGACGCCACAUGGAUGGUGUCCACCUCCUCUGUGUCCUCCCAAAGCAGCGUUUCGGAAGGUGACCCCCGGCAAAGCCGUCCCUUCAGGUCGGUGUUUGUGCCCACGGCUGCCGUCACGACGCCCGGACAAGGCUCUCUGCGCAAAGGGCGCAGCAGCACGAGAAAGAACGGAUCCCUGCAGAGAGCCGUCCAGUUGGAGGCCCCCACCCUUGCGGCCUCCCUCGGGCGCAGCCCCACCGUGGUCGUCCGGCCUCAGCAGUUCCAAUCGUACCAGCCCCAGAGCAUCCCCACCGCACCUUCAGCGGCCGUGGCCGAGAGGGGCCCCAAGCCCGCGCCCACCGGGGAGCCCACCCUCCCACGCGCCGGCAGGAGUGGCAACGCCAGGACCCACUCAGCAGCCAACUCCCUCAUCAUGGAAGGCAAGGAAAACCCCCCUAAGAGUGAGCCUCUACCAAAACCACCUGCGUCCGCCCCACCUUCGAUCCUGGUGAAACCAGAAAACUCGAGAAAUGGCACCGAAAAGCAAGUCAAAACUGUGAGAUUUCAGAAUUACAGCCCUCCUCCUGCCAAGCAUUACACCUCCCACCCCACCUCUGGAAAGCCUGAACAGCCAGCUACCCCUAAGGGGUCCCCGCCUGAAGCGUCCCCCUUGGAGCCAGAGAUGACUGUCCUAUUCGCCCACCGAAGUGGCUGCCACUCCGGACAGCAGACAGACCUCCGGAGGAAGCCAGCUUUUGGCAAGACCCUGACCCCAGUGUCCACUGCCUUAGCCACACAGACCAUGUUUCCCAGCAAAUGAAUCUAUGGGUGGCUUUUCCUCGACCCCAAAGAGAUGAAUUGCAUUUAAAUACAGUCUCCUCCACGGAAGGCGUCCUGCCAUUCUCUGGGGACUUGAGCAUGGGUCCUUGUGACCUGUUUAUCUCCAGGAAAGGAAAGGUGGGAGAAGAGGUUCCUCCCCUGGGUGAGAGGAUGGAUUGGGUGUCUCCCAACAUGAGGAUUCAGGGCAGAAAAGCCACUGCUCAGACCAGAGAGCAGGAGACCACCCUGCCCGCCCUGCUCCCCAGCACAGUCUGAGGCCUGUCACCCUGUGUUCUGUGUAGAAUUUCUACAGUGUCCUAACAGGGCUUCCGCCAGAGGUGUCACAAUAGUGGGAAUGUGGGCGUCACUUCUUUGAUCUCAUCACCAUGUUUUUAAGCAUCAGAAUCGCUUCUGCCAUCUUCUGGGGCUUAGUGGGCACCGUGUCUGUUCCCCUCCACCGAGUCAUAGUCCUGACUGCAAAGGAGUCAUACUCCUGACUCCAUGCCUGGAACAGGCACACGAUGGGCAUCUUGGACAUUCCGAGAACCCUCUAAAACCAAAGGGAGUCAGCUCCCUGGGUUUGUUCCAAACAAGAAUGUCAGAGAGAAUGCUACCUAUUAUCAUACUUUAAGCUUCUCGAUCUGUUUCCCCACAUGUAAUGCUAUACAUGGGAUAAACAGGAAGCAGGUAGCUGUGAACAGGGUCCUAUAUAGUGUUACAGGCCAUGCAUUCAUUCUGGCUUUGGUCUGACUUCCCCAAGAAAACACGAGACGCUUGAAAACAACUUUGUAAGGGGUUUGAGUUUAGAUAUAUAUUCUGUUUGCAUUGCAACAUUCUUUACUUGCUCUGGUUUCUUCUCAUUUGCGGCAGACAAGCUGUUUCCCCAGGAUAAGGCAGCAGUGUCCGUGGGAAAUGCUAGUCGAGGCUGGGGUGGGCGCUUUGCAGAGGAAAGGUGCUGGGGAGGCACUGGACGGACAAGGCUGGAAUGGAAAGGGGGGGAGGGGAGGUGAAGAAAAUACGUAGCAGAGAAAAAGGGGAGGUGGUCAGAGGAAGGAGAAGAAAAAGAGGAGUACGGAAAGUGGCUGGGAAGCAGAGGAAAGGGGCAGAGAGGCACUUAGAUUCAGACGAGUGGGAACAGAAGGGCAGAGUCCGCAGACUAGAUGAGCCCACGGAGGGGGGGCUGGAGUGGCAGCGACCCUUCAGCAGGGCCCGCGAAGAGGGUGAGAAGCAUCCCCAAGAGCAAGGCAGUGCUCAGGGAGAGCCCGUUAAUUCUCAUUAAACUCAACUGCUGCAAGUUAACAUUUAUCGUAUGCCCAUCAGCGUGGGCACUUUAGUCCAUAAAUACUGUUUACCACUAAGGCCGAUUGUCAUUAAAGACAAAAAAAAAGGGAGGGGGCAGGUCUAAUUAGACCUUUUCCCUGGACAGUUUUGAAAUCCUGGGAUUAAAGACAUGCAUUGUUUACACACCCCGUCAGACACUUGGCAAACUGAAUUGUCCAGAUUUUUCCAGACCUUGAAGCAAAAGCAAAACCAUAAUCCUGCCACACAAUAGGGCACAUGUGUCAGACCAAGGCAUUGGCGGGGCCCACCUGGCAGCGUGGUCUGAUGUUUCUGGGAGUCACCGGUCUGCUCCACAAUGUCGUCAUGCCAACUCCAUGCCUUAUGGGCUGCAUAUAAUCAUCCUGAUGGAGAAAUGGGGAAAAGUCACAAGGCUAGGGAGGCACUGUACGAUUCGUCGAAAUGUGAGCACCCACACCCUUCUUUACCCAAAAAAGCACUCAUAGUGAGUUCAGCAAUGUUAGCAAUCUAUUCACACCCAGAGUGGCAGACAAAAGACAUGACCAGCCAAUCAAAUAUUUAAUCUGUGCCUCAGCAGCAACGGAUCCAGUUAAUUUUUAACUGUGGCGGCUGACAAGCAGCUUGCUCAGGUAUAAUGGAGACGCAAUCCAUGCCUUCCAGAUGAAAUGGAAUCUUCUUCCCACUAUCUCUACAGGGUGACGUGCUGAGACCCACUGGCUUGCCACCCCGUCGCAUCCAGCUUCUUUGCCCAUGCCCGGGAUCACACUCACUCCCUCCCAAACCAGAUCCCAUCUCUGUGGAGUCAUAUGAGGACUUGAAAGGGGCAGGAGGCUGUUAUUCCCAAGUAAAAGCUGAACCCACAGGUGCCGCCAAUUGUUUCCUCCAUCAAGGUUCCAGGUGUUUCCUGUGCUGGGCACUGCGGUGAGGACGACAGACACCUCAUCCUCUCCUACUCUGUCCACCAUAGCUUUAUAAGGCAACUAUAAUUGCCCCCAUUAUAGAGCUGAAGAAACUGUGGCUUGAAGGGUAACCACAGAUAGUGGCAGUGUGAAUCUGGCAGCUGCCCACAAUCUGAGUUCAAGCCAUCCUCCUAUGAAGCCCGACGUGGGGCUCUACUGUAUGAGCCGGGAGACCCCCCUUGGCUUCAGGCCACUGCCUUCGGGCGGCAGGGAGGCAGCCUAGUGCAGACUCUGCAGCCCACAGACUGGGUUCAAAUCCUCCUCUCCCACUUGCUGGCUGUGCGACAUGAGGCAAGCUCCUGAACCUCUCUGAGCCUUGUUAAACAGGCAUGAUAACAGUGCCAACCUCAUCGGGCUAUUGCAAGGAUUAAAUGAGGUAUACAAACAUUAUAAAGAAGAAGCGCUUCAAUAUUGGGUUUAAAUGCAGUGAUUGGGUCACAGUCUCUAGUACCUAGAGGAACCCACCCCUCUGUGGGACAUUCCAGGGGUACCAGGCAGAGCCCAGCUGCCUCGUGUCUGAAGCCAGUUACUCCGUCCCGUGAGAACUCUACACCUCAGCUAGGACUGGGUCCCCAGGAAGGGCACCCCUUCCCCCAGAUCAGACCCUGGCACCUCAGUGCUGGGUGGCUGCUGAGGGCAGGCUCUGACUGGGGAGCAGGGGCUGGGGGAUACGCCUGAGGGAUAACAGAGGGGCACAACCAGCCGAGGACAGACUCUGGGCCACGCUGAGGAAAUGGUCUCCUUCAUCAAGAUCCUCACCGAGAGCUUAUCUCCUCCCCUUCCAGGGUGGGGCCAGCUGCACCCCCUCGGCCCUUCACCACCCGCCAGACAGGGCUUUUGAAACAGGAAGAGUUUAAAGCGAUGUCCCACCUGUGACUUGGUGACAUGCAGGACUGACUCAAUACGUGGAUCACUGACUUCCAACUUCUCUUGAAAACUCAGAAAGUCUGUCCAUGCCGGACCUGCAUUCCUGAGCAGCAGCAAUCCAGGGAGCUGGGUCAGGGGUCAAGGCUCCCGUCAAAUGGACACGCACACUCACCAUGCCAGGGGCCCACCAGCCUGCUUUGCUCGCACGACCUGCUGGUGAGCUGGGCAUGAUCCCUAGAGAGUGCGAGCAGGACCUCAUCAGAGUUACCACGAAGCCCUUGCAAGUUAGAGCUGACCUUUACGAAUCGGCUGACCCAGGCACUCGGGUCUCACAAGCGUGGUGACCUAGCCUGGGCCCUACCAAGUGUCAUUCAGCAGAUUGAGGAGGGAACUGGCAUCUCUGUUUUCAACAAGCUCCCCAAGUGAUUCUGAGGCACUUCAAGUAUCAGAAUCAAAUCCUCCUCGUAUGAUCGCGAGGCUGACAUUCGGCUGUGACAUUUGGCAGGAGCAAGGCCAUGUUGGUUGUUAGUAUAUUGAAGAAGGCCUGUACUGACAUAUGGAGAGUAGGUGCUCUGGGCUCCCCACGGCCUCUGCCCCACUCCUGUGCCCUGGCCCUUUCUCCAGGUCCUCCCCAUUGCUCUGCCCUCUAACAGCUAACAGGCUAAGGUGGGGGCAGCUGAGACCUACAGCAAUAAAGCCCUCCUUCAUUCUGAUUGGCUAGUGCCUAUGCUAUAUUGGUGGUUACAGAGCAUGACUAUUAGCCUAUUAUACAGAAUCAGGCCCAGCAAGGUCACUCAGAGGUUGAGGGCACUGUUCUGAAGCCCAGCAGUCUUCCCACCACAUCCUGGCCACUAUCCAGCCCUCGACGGCCACCUUCACCAGGCCCUUGGCUUAGGCAAGGAGCUGACUCGAGGGCGGGCAUUUCCCUACUCUCUGCUCCGCCUCUUUCAGCUAAUACUUUCCCAGGCAUAAGCAGUGCCCUCUAGCUUCCCACCUCCUCUGGCAGGUUCGGCAGAUGUGGAAGUCAUUUGUUUCAGUAACAUGAGCAGGCACGCACCCUCACUCUCUCACCUGCCUCUGUCCCCACAGUGCAGCCCCACAGCCCCAAGACUCACAUCUCAGGAAGUGAACAGCUGUGGCAGGUAGAACAGCAAAGUGCUAGCAAGUGUCUUCCGCCUGGGAGCAGGUGCUUAGCAGGCUGGGCUGUACCGGGGCCAGCAGCUGCCACCCCUGAGGCCUCCCUUGUUCUCUUGAGGGUCAGGACCCCAGUCCUGCUUUGGCUAAGAGAAGGGAAUACUAGCACUUGCAGCAACCCCUCGGGCGGCUAAGAAACACAGUGACUCAGGGAAUGGGUUUGGCAGAGGCCUCAACUCCGGGGAGCCUCACAGCGAGCUGAUGUCAUUGAGAGGAAGUCUUGCAAGGACAUUGUGCUUGAAAUGGAGCAACAUUAAAUGAUGGAGCCAUCUGUCUGCCAGGCCUUAGGACUGUGUCCCAGACCAGAGCAGAAACGAAAUGUUCCCAGGACACCCUUCUGUCUCCUGACCUGCGCUCUGACAGACAGAAUGCAGGGGAGAUGGGGUCAAAGAUGACAGCGGUGGGGGCAGGCACAGCAAGUACAGGUUGACCUUCCAUCCGUUUGCUCAUUCCACCACAGCUGCCCAUCACCCGCUCCAGACCAGACUCCGUGACAGGCCGUGGGAGACUGUGGUUAACAGGAUAGAUAAAAUACACGUGGGCCUCACAGAGUGCUGUUUCUCACUUGUUUCUUCUGGAUUUGGGGCUCCUUGCUGCUUUUUUCCUUUUGAUUAAUUAAAAUGUUACAUAUAUAAUUGUAUAUGAUCAUAAACAAAUAACCAGGUACCUACCACCUAGCUCUUUAAAAAUCAAUAGUUAUCAAUACCUGAAGCCUGCCGUGUGCCUCCCCCAUUCUCACGCCUCUCUCGUCUCCUCCCCACUUCCCUCAGAACCGCUGUGCUGAAUUCCAUGCUUGUCAUUCCCUUGUAAGCAUCCCACACGCGAACCCUAAGGAAUUUCCAGGGCAGCUCACAGAGGCGCUCAGCAAACACUAGUCCAAGCAGCCUGCAGCCUGAGGCCAGAGGCGCCCUGCCUGAAUAUUUGGACUCCCACCUGGCUGCUGUCACUGGGAUUCUGAGACUUUGAUUCACUGCUGGGAAUUGACAUUUUGAUGCACUGAGCAUGUCUGGUUUCAAGAAGUUCUAGUUUAGAGGGAUUUUUACAAGAAUUCUUCCCAAAACUGCUGUUUGGGGAGAACUUGCUGCUCCUAAAUCGGGAAAACAUGGGUUGUGCCUGUGCGCGAAUUGUUGGAGUAUACACAGGGCUUCUGGGCAACUGUCCUCUAGGCCUUGCCUGGAACCUGGGGGCAGCUGACGGCAGAAACCAGUUUCUGAAACCAGAAUCUGGAACGAAAACAGAUCUUGCUGCUGCUGACAAAUUCUCAUGAGAACCUUGUUGAGUAUUCGGGGCAAAGCUGUUUCUGGAACGAAACCAGAAUCUGGAACGAAAACGGAUCUUGCUGCUGCUGACAAAUUCUCAUGAGAACCUUGUUGAGUAUUCGGGGCAAAGCUGUUUCUGUCCCAGACUACAGAUCAAAACACUGAAAGCCAGAAUGUUUCAGGGCAUUGCUCAAGGUGACACAAUUAGUUUGAGAGGGCAGGAAGACUCAAAACAAAACUUUCUCUGACUUUUAUUAUCCCAGCAAUAACAGCCCCCAUGCCCUGAGCCCCGACUAUAUGCCAAGCACUGUACAUGCAUCAUGCUACCUACUCCUACCCAACUGUGUGAGGGGAGAUGCUGCUUUCAUCUUAUUUUAGAGAUUAGAACUAAGGCUCAGACACCCAGUGACCACAAGUUCAAGGCAACAAGGUCCGGAGCCCAAAUUAUCCCACGUCCCUACAUCGCUCUUCUUCAGGAGCAGCUAUAAGCACAUGACGUGGUCGAGGCUGGAGAGGAUGGAGAAAUGGAUACGUGUUGCUGGGACCAUGGGAUAAAGGUGGAGAUGGGGUGGGAGAUUGUCUGACUUGGAGUCAAGCCCUCCCAGCGAAAACUACCCCUGCUGCAAGGCUGGCCAGGCACAGUCAAGCAACUAGAAAAAGAACCGAAGUUUGCAACUUGGUUGUGGAUCACUGGCGUCAGCACACGACGGUCAUUUUGCAUUCCCUACAUUUCUCCCUGGUCAUGAGUUUAUUUCUGAUUUUGCCUGUCCUCACUCUAAGUGAUACAGAGCAGUCCCAGAAGAAGGGGGAUAUGAUCUGCAAAAUAACCUCCCACUUUCAUCUUCUCUGUGGAUCAAGAGGUCUCACGAGCUGAUGUCUUCCAGUGUUCCAUGCUGGUAUUUAUCCAAAGGUCAAAGGCAAUUGCUUUUGGGGGUAAAUGCACAUCCACACAUGCAAGCUAAUUAUGCAGAUAGGGUCGUUGCUAGAUGGACAAGAGCUGCAGCCUGGGAGGGACUAAAAGGAUGCCAGCCAAGAGCCAGAGAAAAAAGCAAAAGGCAUUUGCAAAGGCCAUUUUGUGCAUCCUCGGUUAAUGCUACUAGAAUCAGUGCUUGCAUGACUCACUGACUUGAUGAAGGCCAUUUGCAAUGUCAGAGUUUGAAUGCUGUAGAUCGCAUGUGUCCUAGAGGUCAGAGCCGUCCAUGAAACAACACUCUGAACCAUCCGAGCGGAUCAUAAAGCUAUUUGCACACAGGAGACCCUCCCAAAUAAGGAGAAGCAAGUUUGAAUCAAAACGUGUAGAGAGGUGGCAAAACAUCUGGAGAACCAGAGUAAUCCAGAUAAAGAUUGCCUUCCAAGGGCUGCACGCAGAUUCCUACCCGGCCUCCCCCAGUUCCUCGGGGACUUGGAGGGAGCUGGAGAACCGCACCGCAUGAAGACGACGUGUGAGCCACGGCCCGAGCGAGCACCGGCUUCACAACAGGCCGGGCAGGCACACAGUCAAGGGGCAACACUGCUGGGAAGGGAAGGCCAGUCUUAGAUAUCAAAACAUUUCCAAAUUGCCCAUUCUGCCUAUUUUAUGCGUAAGCUGAAUUCUUUUUCAGUUGAAGUUGUUCUUAGAUGUUGGCAAAUCUGAGAGCUGAGGCCAUCUUCAUCUUGUAGGCCUACCACAAAAAAUUAGAUUUUUAAGUACGAGUCAACAAAGAUUUGGAGACAGCUGUAACAGCUCCAGCUCCUGUUCACUAGAAUGUUACAAGAUACGGAGAAGCAAUAUCAUAUAGCUGGGGUGAUGGGUUUUAGAGCCAAAUUAUCAGGGUUUUCUUUCACCUUUAUCACUUACUGGUUGUGUUUCCUUUGGCAAACGACUGAGGAACCUUGGGAAAGUUACAUCACCUCCCUAAACCUGUUCUGUCGCCUGUAAAAUAGGGUUAGAACCUUCACUUCAUAGGAUUCUCCCAGGGUUAAACAAGAUCACGCAUGUACAGCUCUAAGCGUGGUACUGGGGACAUCGAAAUGUUCAAUAAAUGGUGGCUAUU